AUGAAUGGAGAAGCAAGAAGAAGGAUCACUCCUCACUCAUUACCUCAACCCUCUAACCCAAAUCCUUCUCUGCAUCCACCAAGGAUGGCUUCUGCUCUUGUUUCCAGUGUCCUACAACAAUUGGCCACCAUCAUCCAAAAGGAGAUCCAACAAGAGGUACGACUGGUCACUGGUGUGGAAAAGGACAUCAAUGACCUCUCCACUACUUUUGAAACAAUCCAGGCUGUGCUUAAGGAUGCUGAAGAGAGGCAAUUCAAGGAUGCAUCAGUGCAGCUUUGGUUACACAAUCUGAAAGAUGUAGCCUAUGAUAUUGAUGAUGUUUUGGAUGAGUGGAACACAUCAAUUCUUCUCAAAUCUGAUCCACAAAUAGAUGAUGAUGGAGUACUUGAUGCUGCUCCUCGUCCUCGUGUCAGUCUCUUUAAGAAGGUAUGUCCUCGCAACUUGUUUUCUCCUUGCUGCUGUUGUUUCAAGCAAAUUGGUUUACGACAUGACAUUGGUCAUAAGAUAAAGGAGAUAAAAGAAAGACUAGAUAAGAUUGCAAGGGAGAAAAAUAAUUUUGGUUUUAGUGGAACUGCUAGAACUGAAAAUAUAGAUCAUGAGUCAGGAAGGAGGAGACUAGAAACUAGCUCCUUAGUUGAUGUCAAUGAUGUUUUUGGUCGUGAUAUGGAUAGAGAAGUCAUGAUUAGCAAGUUGCUAAGCGAGGGCAGUCAACAAGUUGUGGUUUCUGGAGUCCCCAUCAUCUCCAUUGUGGGUAUGGGAGGUAUGGGCAAAACCACCCUUGCCCAAUUUGUGUUCAAUGAUGAGAGGGUGAAGAACCAUUUUAAUAAGAGAAUGUGGAUAUAUGUGUCUCAAUCUUUUAAUAGAGUAAAGAUUGCAAUGCAUAUUAUUAGAGAAAUUGGUGGGAACAUUGUCACCCAAGGCGAUGAGAUCACAUGGGAAGAUGUUCAUCGUCAAUUAACUAGUUCUGUUGAGGGAAAACAUUUUUUGCUCAUUCUAGACGAUGUUUGGAAUGAAGAUCCUAUGCAGUGGGAUCCAUUGAGGUUUUCUCUCAAACAUGGUUCUAAAAAAAGUAGAAUCAUUGUCACAACACGCAACGAGAGGGUUGCCAACAUGAUGGGUAUGACAUAUGUCCAUAGAUUAAGAAUAAUGUCUGAGCAAGCUUGUUGGUCAUUGUUGACACAUUAUGCCUUUGUUGGAAGGGAAGAAGAAGAGUGUGAGAAAUUGAAAGAAAUUGGUAUGGAACUGGCAAAGAAGUGUAAGGGAUUGCCUCUUUCGGCAAAGACUUUAGGUAGUCUUUUGCGCUUCAAAGAGUCAAAACAGGAUUGGCAAUAUGUGUUAAAAAGUGAUUUAUGGAAGGUUGUAUAA